CCGAGACCAAGAGGGAUUGUAUUUGUAUCUUACUUCUGUAGUAUCUGUCACCGACGACAUGUAUACUUAGCCACCGAACUCCGAUCUCGCUCUUCCACUCCACUCCCUGUCUCCCAUCUCGCCGGCCUCCUUCACUUGACGGAGCUUCCCCUCUCCCUUUCCCUUUCUUCCCUUUCCCAUCUUGAGCUGAUAUUCGGAAAUUCAGUUUCCAGCUUUUUCUAUAAACCCGCCAUUCGGCGGCGUUGCUGAUUUCCUGCCAGUUGCCGUACUGCUGCCCAACACAAACCGGUCUCUCUCUCAUCUGUGAUCAAGAUCCCGCCAGCAGCCCAGCCUACAACACCGCAAUUUUGCGUCGAAUGGGGCACUUGAACCUCCCAUCCAAGCGAAACCCUAAGCAAUGGAAGCUGCUCGACCUCGUCACCGCUGCCUUCUUCGGUCUAAUCCUCCUCUUCCUCUUCCUAGUCUUCACUCCCCUCGGCGACUCCCUCGCCGCCUCCGGCAGGAAUGCUCUUGUCCUCUCUUCUUCAGACCCCAGGCAGCACCACCGCCUCGUCGAGCUCAUUGAAGCAGCAUCCUCAGCCGAUCGAGGCUUGUUCCGCCGAGGAGGUCGAUCACAUGCCGUGUGAGGAUCCCAGGCGGAAUAGUCAGCUUAGUCGAGAGAUGAAUUUCUAUAGGGAACGUCAAUGCCCGAUGCCGGACGAGACGCCUCUUUGCUUGAUCCCUCCCCCGAAUGGCUACAGGGUUCCCGUCAGGUGGCCGGAUAGUUUGCACAAGAUUUGGCAUGCAAACAUGCCGCACAACAAAAUUGCUGAGAGGAAAGGGCAUCAGGGAUGGAUGAAAGAGGACGGUGAAUACUUUGUAUUCCCUGGUGGUGGCACCAUGUUCCCAGAAGGUGCCAUACCUUACAUAGAGAAACUGGCACAGUAUAUUCCCAUCCGAAGUGGAGGUUUACGGACUGCCCUUGAUAUGGGAUGUGGGGUUGCUAGUUGGGGAGGAUAUCUCAUGAAAGAAGGACUUCUACCUCUUUCGUUUGCUCCAAGAGACUCGCACAAAUCUCAGAUACAAUUUGCGUUGGAACGAGGAAUUCCGGCAUUCGUCGCAAUGCUUGGCACUCGGAGGCUGCCAUUCCCUGCAUUCUCGUUUGAUUUGGUUCACUGCUCUAGAUGCUUAAUCCCUUUUACUGCUUACAAUGCAACUUAUUUCAUUGAAGUGGAUCGCUUGCUUCGCCCAGGAGGAUAUCUAGUCAUAUCUGGUCCACCUGUACAAUGGGCUAAACAAGAUAAGGAAUGGGCAGAUCUUCAGGGUGUAGCCAGAGCACUUUGUUAUGAGCUAAUUGCAGUCGAUGGGAACACGGUCAUUUGGAAAAAGCCUUCUGGAGAUUCAUGCCUGCCUAGUCAAAAUGAAUUCGGCCUUCACUUGUGUGAUAAAUCGAUUGAUCCAAGCUCUGCCUGGUACUUUAAGUUAGAGAAAUGUGUGACCCCUCAAUCUUCAGUCAAGGGAAAAUAUGGUGUCGGGAUGAUUCCGACAUGGCCAGAUAGAUUAGACAAAGCCCCUACAAGGGCUGCUCUCGUGAAGAGUGGCAUUGACCUAUUUGAGGCCGACACUCGUCGUUGGGCUAGGAGGGUGGGCUAUUACAAGAACUCUUUGAAUGUCAAGCUGGGAACUCCUGCUGUGCGAAAUGUGAUGGAUAUGAAUGCAUUUUUUGGUGGCUUUGCUGCAGCAUUAGCGUCCGAUCCUGUGUGGGUGAUGAAUGUUGUUCCUGCUCGCAAGCCAACAACUUUGGAUGUAAUCUUCGACAGGGGCCUUAUUGGUGUUUACCAUGAUUGGUGUGAGCCCUUCUCAACGUAUCCUCGCACUUAUGAUCUAAUCCACGUCUCUGGCAUCGAAUCAUUAGUAAAAGCUCCAGGUUCUGGCAAAAACAGGUACUUGCAGCUUGCAUUUUGAUCUACAGUCAGUUUUCUUCUGGGGGUCAUCUGCUUGAAGGAUUUCUAUGUUGAUAGAUUCUGAGAUGCAGAUGAAUUUGGGAAAUAAUAGAUUUAUGGAAAUCCGUUGAUGAAUUGUGGUAUGCAGAUUUCCCAAAUUUAAUUGGAAAAGUAGUAAAAUGUCAUUACUUUCACUAUGUUCCUUUCUAAUAUAAAGCUAAUAUGGUAAAGUGAACUGAUGGAUUUCCAAAUCUUGGGUGAAGGGCUUCAUAAAUUCAAGAAAUUCUCAUAACUUGUUUUUAGGGAGUUUUUUGUGAAGCUCUCUAGCUGCAUCUUCUUUUACUUAUAAGGACAUGCCGAGAGAUGAUGGAAAUUAGUUGUUCACACCAUCACAUGAAAUUGUUAACUGAAACUGAUAUGCACCCAUAGAAGUUCAUUAAGAGAACCCUGCGUCCAUCAUUUGACAGAUAAAGACUCCCAUUAGGAAAUGCAUGUGUGCACUCUCUAUGUGUGUCUGCACUAACUGUAUUGGACAAUAGGAAAAUCCAACAUGUACACCCGAAGCGCCAACAUACUUGAUGUGCUUGAUACGACUAGCUAUGCUGAAGCAAUGUUUCAUAGUGAAGCCAGGCUCUUACUGUUGGAAGCAAGCCAUUCCUUUGAAUGCCUGUUUUCCUCCGAAACAUUCUCCGAUGUUCACCUUUGUCAAUCUUGUUUGCGUGCAGGUGUAGCCUGGUGGAUCUAAUGGUGGAGAUGGACAGGAUACUGCGGCCAGAAGGAACAGUGGUGAUUCGCGAUUCUCCGGAGGCGAUAGAGAGGGUGGCACGCAUAGCUAACGUGGUUAGAUGGACUGCUACGAUGCAUGAGAAAGAAGAUGAAUCUCAUGGGUCACAAAAGAUACUGGUUGCUACCAAGAAUUUCUGGAUCCUCGCUUCAGCAUCUCACUGACUUGUUCACACUCAGUUUCUUUAGGUAGCCGAGCUAUAGUUUGUCUUUCCAACUCUCUUCUCUCUUUUUCUGAUCUCAGUUCAUACUUCUUGUAAGAUGAAGAUGCCAAAAUGUCUGUUUGUUUUUAUAUAUAAUUCAUUUGUAACAAAUCAAAUCAGAAGUGACAAGUUAGGGCAGAGUGAACAGGUACAUAGAAAAGCAGAAGUAGCAUCUUGCAACAGCUAUGUUCCUGUUCCCAACUGGUUAUGGGUAAUUGUCAUUUGUCAAUGCCAUUCAUUGAUUAUUUUCUUCAUUCGUUCUGACACAUUCUUUCGCCGUCGUCCAGUUGCUAUUUUUCAAUGUGAAAGAGGACUUUACGACAAAGUUUGGGUUAGAGAGUUGCAGUUGCUGAAGGGACCACCAGCGAUGUUGAAAUGUGGAGAGGAUCAUAUCAGGUAAUUUGGGAUUUCUGCGAACAUUGAGUUGAGCGACCUUGAGUAAGCUGGAAGGAUCAGGCGCGAUUAGGAACCGUCGGCAAUGGGGCGGUGUUGAUGAAUCUACAUUAUUUAAGGGGGUGGUUUCUGUGGUGGGACCUGGGUUGAUGGCACUUCGUACUCCACGAGUAUCAUCAAUUUGUAAAUCUCACAUAUUAUUUGCUAUUAGGGCUGGACAAUUGGUUAGCGGUUAACCAAUCGGUUACAACCGAAAUUGACCGGUUAUCCACUAACUGGAAAUCGAGAUGACCGAAAAGUCGGUCGGUGUUCAGAGGCUGGGCGAGAUGGUUUUGGUCUUGGGAGGAGGUUCGGUUAACCGAAAACUGAGAUAACCGAAGCGUUAGACCCUCUUUCAGUCGUUCAGAGGUGGUUCGGUUAACUGGUAACCGACCCUUCGAUUUUCUUCCUCCCCUAUUUGCGACCCACCGUACGUAAGGCUAUAAAUCAAUGAUUAAAAAUCAACUAAACAAACUAUGAACUCUUUCAGAUGUAUGAUGCAACAAAUUCAUCAUAAAUCAAUACGAUUUUCAAUGCUCAAAACCGUCGGUCGGUUUUGUAAUAUCUUGUUUGUUUAAUAGGUCUUGGAUUGUGGAUUAUGUUGUGUUUUUUUCUUUUAACCAUUUUUAACCCUUAAAUUGAAAAUUAUAGUUUUCAUUGCUUCCAUCCCUAAUAAAAGCAACCAACUGAUUCUAUAAUUUACAAGAUAGGAGUUCGGUUCACCAGCCAGACUGAAUUAGUGGUAGAUAAUGGGUGUUUAAUACCUGGAGGAUCACUAAUCAAUAAUCACUGACUCUCAUCAAACUAAAAGUCUAAAACCAUGAGAUUUGGUCCAGCCUAGGAGAAGAAUCGAAAGCACCUUUUAGUAAGUUGCCAAUUUGCCAUGGUUCUGUAGUUCAUGUUUGUAAAAUGGGAGCAGCAUCAGCAUUACUAACCUGCGUGAUAACCAGGUGGAAUAAACAAAAACAAAAAAAAGGGUUCUUGUUCUGUGUGCUUUUUGUUGAAGUUUUGAUAUGUACUUUCCAUUAGCUCUAGCUCAGUUUUGGUCGCCGGCCGCAAAGUCCUGGUCGUCGCCGCAAAUUUUAUGGUACCGUGAAGGAAGAAAACUUCAGCAAACUCUGUUUUCUCCAUCAAAAAAUUUGACCUGAGCUAACUCCAAUCCCAUAUUCCCAUUCAUGAUAAUAUUCCUUGCGUCUGGCCGUCUGCACUCGAUCACCGUUACAUUGUAUAUACAUAAUAACAACAGUAAAAGAGC